AUGUCAAACGAACACACACCUGUUCCAUUGAGGGAUAUUGAACGACAUUUGGCCGCUUGUAACGACGUGUUACAAGCUCUCGCAGGUGAAAUAGUAACAACGGAACUGAAGCUUGAUAGAGAAAACCAAGCAGAACAUACCAUAGAGAUUUCAAUAAGUGAUAAUAAUUUACUUGAGUUGACAUCUAUUACAAGAGUAGUUAUAAUUGUCGAAGAUGUAAAUGAUCACAGUCCAGAAUUUGAUAAUCGAUUUUAUAGAAUUGAGGUUCCAUCAACAACCAAAAUAAAUAAUUCCAUUUAUCAGGUGCAUGCAUUUGAUAGUGAUUUUGGCGAAAAUAGUCGAAUUACAUAUUCUAUGAAGUCUGGAAAAGGAAAGAGCAAGUUUCGCAUAGAUAGUAAGACUGGUGCAAUUUAUCUAUUGAAUUAUUUAGAUAAGGCAACUGAAUAUGAUUUGAUAAUUCGUGCUGAGGACAAUGGAAGCCCAAAACGAUCACAGACAGCUAGGAUGAGUAUUGUAUCUGUCUUUGUAAGUCAAAAAUCUAAGCAUCCUCCUGUUAUAAAAACAGUUGACAAUGUUGUCAAAGUUACUGAAGGUGAUCCUCCUGGAUUUUUUAUAACACUUAUUCAAGCUGGAGACGUAGAUGGUGAUCGUUUAUGGUAUAUUAUAAAUGGUGGAAAUGACUUUCAAAAUUUUUAUAUUGGAAGAGAAAACGGAAAUGUAAUUUUAAUCAAACAACUUGAUUGGGAGGAAGAAAAAUACCAUAACUUAACUAUAGUUGUAACCGAUGGCACAAACAUUGUUCAAACGCAACUUUAUAUUGAAGUGAUAGAUAUAAAUGAUAAUCGUCCUGAAUUUACACAAAAUAUAUAUUAUAUAAAUAUAUCAGAAAGCAUUAAUGAAGAAACUGACGUGAUGCAUCUACAAGCUUUUGAUAAAGAUGAAGAAAACAAAAUUUAUUAUAGUCUUAGCGCUGCUCAAGAUCUCUCAUCUUUGACAUUGUUUAAGAUUGAUUCACAAAGUGGUAUCAUUUCACUAAAGCAUCGAUUGGAUUACGAAAAGAAAUCCAAACAUAUCUUAAUUGCAAUUGCUAAAGAUCAAGGAACUCCAUGCAAAAGAAGUUUUGCUAAAAUUUUUAUAACAGUGCUAGACCAGAAUAAUCAUAUUCCUGAAUUCUCUAAAAGAAUUAUUCAAAGCAGAAUUCCUGAAAGUGCAGCAGUUGGCUCCAAAAUAAUUCAGGUUUAUGCCGCAGAUCGUGAUGAUGGGAAAAAUGCUGAAGUAAGAUAUUCUAUAGCAGCAGGAAAUUUCGGUAAUAUAUUUGCUUUAGAUCAGAACUUGGGUGUUUUAUCUAUUUCAAAGCCAAUAAGUAAUAACGAAAUGGUCGAAUUCAUGAUACAUAUAAGAGCAACCGAUCUAGGUGAGCCGCCUUUGUCGUCUCAAAUGUCAGUUCAUUUAUUAUUAACAAAAUCUGAGAAUGAUCCACCUAGGUUUAGAACGCCUAUGUUUGUAGUAGAGAUAAACGAAAAUAUACCUUUUGGAACUUAUAUAACACAAAUCGAAGCUCAUUCCUCAUCUUCAGUGUUCUAUGAAAUAACUGACGGAAAUAAUGAUAAUUUGUUUCACAUAAACCCUUCGACUGGAAUUAUUGUAUCAAAUUACAUUAUUGAUUUUGAGCACAAAAGGGUUUUUAAUUUAACCGUUACUGCAAUAAAUAUGGCAUCCUUCACGGCAACACAGUAUGUCGUUGUACAUAUUUUGGAUCAAAACGAUAACAUACCGUACUUUCUGGAAACUAGAUACGAAGGAGAAAUAUCAGAAUCAGCAAAAAUAGGUUCGUUAGUAUUUCAAUUACCUGCACGAAAAAAAAGGAUAAUUUUAUCUUAA